GUCAUGAAUGGUGUUCACCAAAAACUUAGACAAAUCACAAAUGUAAACAUUUGGGGUGAUGUCUAGUGUACAUAAAACUUUAUUUUACUAUGCAAAUGCAAAAAUUAAAGUGUAAUGUUUAAACCAAACAUUUUUGAAACAUUUUAAUGUCAUUUCUAUAAACAUAGCAAGAAAAAUUAAAUUUUCUUCCUAUUUGAACUUUGAACUCCAUUUCUAUAGCCCGACUCAGACGCGCUAAAUUUUGGGUUUGAGUCAACAAGAUGGGGCUCUUCCAGUACAGCUUCGCCGGCGGGGGUUUCCUACUGAUCGGCGCUUGGGAAUCCUACGUAGCAGCCACCGAAGCCUCAAGAUCGCCGGCGACGGGAGCUCUUCCUCAACCACCAGAACCGGGGACUAAAUCCGCUGGCCUCUCCUCCUCCUCCGCCGUGACAUUCCUAGCAGUUUCCGUUCUGUCCUUUCUCUUCAUCGUCAACUCCGUAAUCUCCAUCUCCGAAGCCAUCGCCGCCAAGGAUCCCACCGGUUUGGCUCUCCAGUUGGAGGUAAUCGCGAUUUCGCUCCUCUUCUUUCUCUACUCCGUUCUCGGAUUCGUUACCUGCACAACGAGGGCUCUUCAAUUGCCUCGGCAGAUCCUGAAUUUGAUCUCCCUAUUCGCAUUCGCGGAAGAAUUUCUGUUGUUUUACCUCCAGAGGAAAGACCCUAGCGGGGUGGAGAAUCGAUACUAUAACCUCUUUCUAGUGCCAAUUUCAAUUUGUGCAUUUUCUACCAUUCUCGAAUUGAAAACCCCCAAAUCGAAUUACCCCAGACUAGGGCUUGGGGUCGGGCUGAUCUUGCAAGGAAUCUGGUUUCUGCAAAUGGGAUUCUCCUUCUUCACCGGGAUGAUUGCUCAUGGAUGCUCAUUGCACAAGAGAAGUAGAGGGAAUUACACGAUAAAGUGCGAUGGACAUCCCGCGUACCAUCGGGGUGGGGCCAUUGCCACACUUCAGUUCAAUUGCCAUCUUGCUCUUCUUGUGGUUUUGGUUUCUGGUGUAUAUUCUGUUGUGUGUAGGAUGAAUGGAAUCGAAGGGGAAGCUUCGAGGUAUAGACCACUUGGUGUGGGGGUGCAGCAGCUGGAAAUGGGGGGUGGCAGCUCCCAUUUUACAUUGGAUUCUGAUGAAGACGAUGAAGAUGAUGGUGGGUUUAUUAAGAAAGAAGAGAAGAAUUUGGAAAUGCAGGAGAUGAUCCAGGUGACCAAUGGUUAUCAUACUCAUGGAUGAUAUGGUGAUUAUGUUCUUCUUUUCUUCUUCUUUCUUGGUAAGGAAAAUAGCAUUUCUUUAUAGACUGUGAUUAGAUGAGAAAGAACCAGCUUCUGUAUCAUAAGAAUUAAGAAGAAAAUGCAAUUACAUGUGUUCUUGAUGAUUCUGGUUUGGAAGAAGAUUUUCUGUGGUUGCAUGUACUCUUUUACAGAUUUGGUUAAACAGCAGGUUUUUGUGUUGUAAAAGAUGUACUUACUUCUAGGAGGGUAGUUCAUUGCUAGGCCUUC